AUGACCAUACCAAGUCCCAUUCGAGUAACCCGCGGGGGCACUGGGCGAUCAUCAAAGAGGAUAUUUUCUGACAUCCUCAAAGGAGGUCCGAAGGAGCCGUACUCUCGCACUCUUCCGAAACGCAAGAAGAAGCCAUCAGUCGGCGAAAAGCGAAUGAGGCAAUAUUUGAUGCCCGCUCUUUCAAGGAACCAGAAGAGGUGGGCUGACUAUCCCUUUGCGCUCACGCAUAUUGACAUAGAACAUCAGGUCACACUCAUAGAUUGGGAUAACACCUGUUGA